AUGAAUGCUUUUUUCGAUGGGUUUGUGCAUUCUGGUACGACUUUGAAGGAAUUUGUCGAUCAAUUUGACAAUGCUCUUAGAAAGAAGGUGGAGGUCGAGGCAAUAGCUGAUUUCAAUUCUCUUAACCAAACGAUCCCAUGUGUAUCCCCAUCUGACAUUGAGAAACAGUUUCAAACAGUGUAUACAAAUGCUAAGUUUAAAGAGGUCCAAAAAGAGGUGUUGGGGAUGAUUAUGUGUAACUGCACCCAUGUCAAUACGCAGGGAUGUAUAUCCACAUUCGAUGCUUUAGAUCAAGUUUCCAUCGAUGACCAUGUCAAAACAUUUAAAUACUCAGUUUACUAUAAUGAAGAGGAGUGCAACAUUAAAUGCACGUGUCAGUUGUUUGAGACAAGGGGCAUUCUCUGUAGGCAUGCAUUUAGGGUAUGUAAUAUGAAGAACAUUACGUUGAUACCCGAAAAAUAUGUAUUGGAUCGAUGGAGGAAAGACAUUAAGAGGAGAUAUACAUUGAUAAAAAGUAGUUAUGAUGACUUGCGGAGCAAUGCAGACGCACGGAGGUAUGAGGUUGUGGUGAAGAGAUGUUUAAAAUUAGCAACUCGUGUAUCUCCAAGUGAUUACCAUGUCGAUGCAUUCUUGCGCGUUUUAGAUGACUUUGAGAAAAAAUUUGAAAGUUUAACACUUGAAUCAAAAUCCAGUUCAACCAAGGUCAAAGCAAAUGUCGUCGCGGAUAAGGGUAAAAAAAUAUUAAGCCCUCACGUUGUCCGGGGGAAAGGGAGACCCCCGACAAAAAGAAAGGUUUCGGCUGUGGAGAAAGGAGCAACGAAAAAGAAGAAGAAACAGACUUGCAGAAAAAUAUUUGAUGAUGAAUCACAAUUGCAUGACCUUCCGGAAUCUCAAAUUAACACUAGCACACAACCAAUGCCAUUGGGCAAUGAGGAGGUGUGUGACCAUACUGAUGCGUUGUAA